UCGAAGCGCCUCCGCCGCCUUGCACCUCCCCGCCCUUGCGCCGGCACCACAUUUCACUCUCGCCUUGCAUUCCUUAUUCAAACAUUGAAACUAACGCUACAAAUCACCACCAAUGAUUUCGUCCAUAGCAAUCCAGUCAACUCCCGCCGCGCAAUGCGCAAUCGCCGGAACCUCGCGCCUCCUCCACCGACAUGUCCACCUCUUCUCGCCUCUACAGCACCACCACCACCGCCGCCAGCACCACCAUUCCCGCCGCCGCAGCCUCCGCGUCCGCGCAAUCGACGCCGCGCAGCCCUACGACUUGGAGGCGCGCCUCGUCAUGCGCUUGAACCAGUCCACCAGGCUCAAAAUCGCCAUCAUAGGGUUCGGAAACUUCGGCCAAUUCCUCGCCAAGGCGUUCGUCCGCCAAGGCCACAUAGUCUACGCGCACUCACGCUCUAAUUACCUCUUGGCUGCCGAAUCGAUCGGCGCCGCUUUCGUCUCUGAUCCGCACGAUCUCUGCGAGCUGCACCCUGACGUCAUGGUGAUCUGCACCUCCAUCAUCUCGACGGAAUCCGUGCUCCGAUCGCUGCCGCUCCAGCGCCUGAGACGGAAUACUCUAUUUGUUGACGUUUUGUCCGUCAAGGAAUUCCCCAAAAACAUUUUCCUCCAAGUUCUCCCGCCUCAUUUCGAUAUUCUCUGCACGCACCCGAUGUUUGGACCAGAGAGUGGGAAGCACAGUUGGCAGAAUUUGCCGUUUGUGUUUGAUAAGGUGAGAAUUGGGGGUGAGGAUUCGCGCCAGGCUAGGGUUGAGAAUUUCCUGGACAUUUUCAGGAAUGAGGGGUGUAGGAUGGUGGAGAUGAGCUGCGAGGAGCAUGAUAAGUACGCUGCUGGGACGCAGUUCAUCACACACACGACGGGGAGGAUACUCGAGAAGCUGCAGUUGGAGAGCACGCCGAUCAACACAAAAGGAUAUGAAACAUUGUUGGAUUUGGUGGAGAAUACAUCCGGUGAUAGUUUUGAUCUGUAUUAUGGGCUUUUCAUGUACAAUGAGAAUGCGAUGGAGCAGUUGGAGCGGCUGGAUUUAGCAUUUGAGGCAUUGAAGAAGGAGUUGUUUGGACUCUUGCAUGAGGUUUUGAGGAAGCAGUUGUUUGGGAAGUCGGAGGAAGGAGAUGUGAGGCCGGUGCUGGAGAAGCUGCCCAAGAAGGCAAGCCGGUUACUGCCGCCUGGUGCGCCUCAAUAGGAGACUGAGCAAUAAGGAAGGCGUGGGUGGUUUCUUUUGGUUUAGGAAAGAGCUAUGCAUCAAUGCAUGAGUGGUCUCAAAUGCUUCAAGGCUGGAAGGGACACCUGUUGUAGAUUGAUGAAGUUUGUUCAUUUUUUGUAUAGUUUAAAUUUGAUUUUUGCAUGAAACUCCGUUCCUGUCUCUCUUGGGUACCUGAGUGAGCAUGAUGCUUCUAUCUGAGAUUUAUGAAGCAUGUUUCUGUUAUUCAUCACUUCUAUGCCUGUAGCAUUUGUGGUGAAGUGAAGAAUCUAUUUCCAUGGAGUAUAUAUUAUGAAUGCUUCCUGUUGUGUGUGUCAGUGUGUGUAAAUAUUAACUGCUACUGGAACAACAAAUAUCCACUUGUAAUGUAAAGAUACUAGCAUUUGCUUGGUAUUUUCUGUUGAACAUCGGCUCUCGUGGAAUAGACCAACACCACAUGAGACAUUCUUGCUUAUUCUCCAUAGGAUUAUUGGAUCUGCAAUAAAUGCACAUUAACGUGUCUUCAAUCCUCUCUAACUUACUGCUGAACUUCUUAGUGUUUUAUGCUAUGCUGAAAAUAAAAGCAAUCCUCCAUAAAGACAGCACCAAAAAAAUAGCCUUUGAUGUGUUAAAAUGUCAAGUAAUGAUCUUUCUGGCCAUAUGCUUA